GGGUCGUAAAACAUUUUCUAAAUUACUAAUCCAAGGGUGACGUUAAAACUUGAUAACGAUUACACAAAUUGCUUUCGAGGAGUGGAACCUUAACUUUGCAUCAUUACGGCAACUAAGUCCAAAGAGUGUUCUCACUUGGGCUUUCAGAAAGUGAAAGUGUGGCGAACGACCACCGCGGUGGUUCUUUAACGCGUCAUGGCGACCGAGACUGACGUUUGACCCCCGUACAAAAGCACACACACAAAAAAAAAGUUUAUAACAUCACUUGACUUUGGCUACUAAACACGUGAACACGGUUCGGUUACUAAAAACGCGAGUGUUUUCCCUUAACUUUCGAAAUGAUAAGCGUUAUCCAGCACUAGGCGGUUUCGUCUUGUUUCUGUAUUCGUGGGGAGGGGGGAAACCGGAAAAAAAACAAGACUGACAACCUCAACGUGGGCUUUCAAAAUAAAACCGCAGGCGUGUUCUUUGUGGAAGAAAAUGAUUGAAAAUCAAUAUUUGCACAUGAAAUCGAUUUACGUGUUAAUUUAUUCUUUUAAAUAUGAAAUAAUCGUGAUUGCGUUUCAGGAAAGUUACAUUUCAGCGCGUUGGUUAAUUUUUAAAUUGAAAUCCUCGCGAGUGGAGCUAACCUCUGUAAUGUCUUUCGCUGCUACUGCUAGUUCAGACGCUUCAGUGUUGGACAAACGCGGCUGUUUUGUGCUCCUACACGGGCGUUAAGGUUUUAACGUCGACAUUGCUAAAAAGUAAAAGUUAAGUUUGAGCGGUAGUGUUCGGUGUUGGACGGAAAUGGCUCGCGGCAGGCUUGGGAGAAUGUUCGUGACUAUUCAUAAAGAUGCUUUUGUAACAUAACCAGUUGGCCUCCAGUCUAACAUGAAGAUCUUCAUCACUGUAUAAGAAGCACGUGCCAGUCGUCAAAUCUGUCAACAAUGGAGGUAUCCCAGGUGACCCUGACUGUCAGAGGAGAAACGUGUCCAGGUGAGGUGAUCGCCGUGGUUGGGAGCUGGGAGGCCCUGGGCAGCUGGAGCUACCAAAAAGCGUUGAUCUUGGAUGCUCUAAACGAUGACGGGGACACAUGGACAACAACGGUCUCCAUUCCCAGGGGAGUCGAGGUCAAGUACCGCUACUUCAAAGGCUUCUUUCUGGAUGCCAACACUGUGGGCGAUCCUUGUCAGGUGAUAGUCAAUGCGUGGGAGAGCCAUCAUCAUCCCCGCACCAUGAGCCCCACAGCAUUUCACCUAAGUGUCAACGAUGGACAAUUUGGAAUUCACAACGGGGCCAAGUGCGUCGACAGCGGCUGGCUCACGUGCCAGACGGAGAUUCGCCUGCGUCUGCACUAUUCCAAGACGUCUCCGGUGUCCAUCACCAAGAAGAAAUUCAAGAAGUCCCGCUUCAGGAUCAAACUAACGCUGGAGGGCAUUGAGGAGGAGGACGAGGAGGACGAGGAGGGGGAGAACUCGCGCAACCUUUCCUCAGCGCACAAGGUGCCCACUACCCUGGAGAUCAGCAUGAUCAGCCCCAAGUGCUACAAGUCCCGCCACUCGCAGCCCGAGUGCGGCUACGCCCUGGAGCCCUCGCAGUGGACCGAGUACAGCAUCCACAGCAUGGACCCCGACAACCUGGAGCUGACCUUUGAGUUCUUUGAGGAGGAUCUGAGCGAGCACGUGGUCCAGGGCGACGUCCAUCCAGGGCACGUGGGCACCGCCUGCCUCCUUUCGUCCACCUUCCUGGAGAGCGGCAGGGACCACGGCCUGGUCACGCUGCCCAUCAUGGCGCGCAACUCCCGGCAGACCAUCGGCAAAGUGCGAGUGGACUACUUAGUGAUCAGGCCCAUCCCUGGGCUGGAGUGCGACAUGAGCGCCACCUUUGCCAAGUACUGGAAGAAAGGAAGGGUCCUCAACGUGGGCCACCGGGGAGCUGGGAGCACACAAGCCGCCAAGCAUCACAGAGUCCGAGAGAACACCAUCGCCUCGUUCAAGAGUGCCGCAAAGCACGGGGCCGCCUACGUGGAAUUCGACGUCCACCUGUCCAAGGACGCCGUGCCCAUCGUGUACCACGACCUCACGUGCUGCAUCUCCACCAAAAAGAAGAAAAAUGAUCAUCAACUGGAGCUCAUCGAGGUGCCGGUGAAAGAUCUGACAUUUGAUCAGCUGCAGCUUCUGAAGCUGGCUCAUGUGACUGCCAUGAAGGGAAGCGAUCUCCGAGACGUACUGGAGGAUGAGGACGAGAUCGAUGAGCAUCAGCCCUUCCCGUCGCUCUCGCAGCUUUUCCAGGCACUUCCAGAACAUGUGGGCUUCAACAUCGAGCUCAAGUGGAUCUGUCAGAUGAAGGACGGGUCGUGGGAAAGCAACAUGUCAUCCUACUUCAAUAUGAACAAGUUCAUAGACAUCAUUUUGUCCUGCGUUCUACGAGAAGGAGGCAGGCGACGGGUCGUCUUCUCUUGUUUCGACCCAGAUGUCUGCUCCAUGGUUCGCCGCAAGCAGAACAAGUACCCCAUCCUUUUCCUGACGCAGGGCAUCUCCGAGAAGUAUCCAGAGCUGAUGGACAUCCGCUGUCAGACCACGGAAAUCGCCAUGAGCUUCGCUCAGAGUGAGGACAUCCUGGGCAUCAGCGCCCACACCGAGGAGUUGCUGACCAAUGUGAGCCUCAUUGGUGAGGCGCAGGGCAAAGGCCUGGUGGUCUUCUGCUGGGGUGAUGACAACAACGAGCACGAGAACAGGAGGAAGCUGAGAGAGCAAGGCAUUGAUGGACUCAUCUAUGACCGGAUCUGCGAGGACCAAGCAGAGCAGCCCAACAUCUUCCAAGUGGAGGAGCAACACUCCUUGCGGGAGGUCAUCACCGAGGAGACCCUCAAGAGUCCCGCCUGCUCCUGCUACUCCAUACCGUGCUCCACGGUGCCGUGCGUGGCCAACAAGGAGCGGGCCUGCAGCGGUAGCGCCGAGUCCGACUCGGGCCUCAGCUCCUCGUAGCCCUCUCCGGUUCUCACGAAAGGGACUGAGCGUGUUUUGAGUUCACACUUUUCAAGCACCUCCGUCGACGCGCACAAAAUGGCCACCGCACGUUUUGAUUGUAGAGAAGACUUGUCUGUGUUUUGAUAUCAACCAGGGAAAUUAAUGUGUUAAUAUGCGACUAAUGAGCAUUAUGCAGUGCCACCGUUGACUGCAGGAGUGAUAGCAGACCCGUCCGUGACUAUGCAGUUCAGAGAGAUCACAUAAAACUACAUUGUUUUAGUUUAAGCCUUAAAAUAUCCCACUCACAUGCGUUAAACAUUUAAACAUACUUCUAAAAACAUUGUAAAUUUAUUCACAGGCACACAAAAUUGAAAGAACUGAGCUGUACAUCGGUCAAACUCAAGGCCCGGGGGCCAGAUGCAGCCCGCCGUAUCAUUUUAUGCGGCCCGCGGAAGCAAAUCAUGUUCAUCAACUUUCAGAAUUUUUUUACUAAAAUCUGUACCAAAAUUCCACAUUGUCAUAGUAAUAAACGAGAAUGGUGAGAUAUUUGUAUCUUACCGUGACCAAAUCAUUUUUUCUACAGUAACGCGGAAAAACUGAAUAAAAAAUAAGUUUAUUCGAGCAUUAAAAUACCCCUUCCCACACACUGAACUCACAUUCUUAAACAUAGAAUAAGUGUAUUUCAACAUAAAACAGAAAUUAACAGAAAAAUGGGUGACAUAAAAGGUGGAUUACUGUAAUGUUAUAGUAGAGCAGGAUGUGCCAUUUUCUUGCGUUUAUUUUGGGCAUGUAGCCAAUAUUUUUGCCCAGCUUGUGUUAGCAUUUCGGCUUUUUUAUUUUGUAGUUAACUCAUUUUUCUUUUUUUUUUUUGCGUUUGACAGAUGAUGGGGGGGGGGCUUUCCUGAAUUUCAGAACUGCACAUGAUCAUUUGGUGGCACUUGAAGCGUAAAAACCGCAACACGUCACUUUUUAAACUCGAUACAAUUUUAAUGUAGUGGUGCUGGUGGGUUCCACUCCUUUUCUAUUUUUCUAUGAUUUAUUCCGUCUGGUCGUUUUAAGUUUCUUUUUGAUUGAUAGAUAUGCAGCCUUAAAGGUGGGGGAUUCCUGUUACAUUGUGUCUAGUUAACCACAACUUAGUACUUCAUAGCAUCCAUAUUUUAUUGCAUGGUGGUGUAUAUCACGCAAUGUCAUGUAAAGUGCUUGCAUUCACACUGAAUGAGUUGUUGCUGCAGGGAGUGAACAAGCGCAAUCGAUUCAAUUAAAUAAGCAGAACCUG